UCACUUGCGGUUAACCCAAGGAAGAAAGAUGUGUGUAGAUUGACUAGAUUGGCUCAGAGGGAUGAGGACAGUGAAGAGGAAGAACCGGAGAUUGGAGUAGGAAAGCUAUCCAUAGCUAUCAGUACUCACAUCUCAGCUCAGGGUAUUGUAGAGUUUGGGUGUGUGCUUAGAAGACAAGAGCAGAUCACCAAAACUUGGGCAAAGACAGAUACAACCAUGGGGGAUGCUGAAAUCACACACUUGAGUGGAAUUAAAUGGGGACUGACUCUGGCUAAAGAGGGAGGAUGGACUAGAUGUGAGUGCAUGGUGAAGUGCAAGGACUUAAUGCAAAAAUUAAUAUCGGGCAUGGGUAGUCUAUGUGCUCUUAGUCAUAAGCUUGCUUGUGAAGCUGUUAGAGGUAAU